AUGUUCUAUAGCCACGAGAUUCUCGGCGACCCCCGGCUCGCCGCUACCGUGGGAAAAAGCGAUCCGAAGCGGCUAAGUCGAAAAAAGAUCCAAGAGGUCAAUGUGCCCAAAGCAUGCCAGGUCAUCAUCGAGCCUGGUGCCCCUUUGGCUCUUCGCCUUCAAAGCAACCUGCUUUAUGGAGUCUCGCGUGUUUUUUCUCAGCAAUGCCGCUAUGUUCUUUCAGACGCUGAGAAGACGCAGUCGGACAUGAUGACUUUCUUUCGAGUGAUUGACACAAGCGAAACGGAUCCAUCUGCGGGCAAGGCGAAGCGCCAUCAGAUCACCCUGCAGGAUGACCCGGCCUUUGACCCUUUGUGUGGCCUGCCUAAAUUUGACCUUUUGUCCAGUGCCAAUGACUUGGCUCUUCUUUCAACUCAACUAUCAAUGCAAAACAAUGUCUCCCAAAUGAGUCCUUUGACUCAAGGUAGCAGCUCCUCCGGCAGAAACAAUUCUUUGUUGAACUUCGAUCUCCCCCAGUCUUCACACUCUGCCCGGAGCUAUCGCCUUCCCACCGAUCUCGAUCACGAUUCUCCUUUUCCAAAACCAUUUCAUGCACAAGACCACCUGGAGGAUUUCAACCCUUUCGGUGAAGACAUGGCAUCCAUGCCUGGACUAGAUCUCAACUUUGAUGCCGAUGGCAAUCUCAUCGAUUUUGGCGACUUGGAGCCACAGCUUCCUCUUCUCCCAGGAACUGAAGCAUUCGAGGAGCAACUCCACAUCCAGGCUGCCAAUGCUGCCGGCCUUGGUGCCGAUAAAGGACACAUUGGAGACGACAACGUGAUCAUCAUGGGAGAAGAUGCUUUGCCUGACGCGGAGCCAUUUCCCAAGCGCCCAGUUACCUCAAAAUCCACUUCCUCAGCUGAACUGACCUCUAAAUCAGUUGAAAUCGAACAGGCAACAGCGCCCGCACGACGAAGGAGGCAACGCCGAAAGCAUCAAAUGAUAGACAGGAAAGACUAUGUCACCAUGGCAGAGAUGCGAAGCUGGACUUCGAACUACCUCGACAACAUGAAAUCGACUCAGAAGUCACGAUCGGCGACCAGUCUUGCCCAAGCCCGCCACAAUGCCAAGGUUUUCCUUUUCGACAACGGGCUUGCAGGUGUUGGAAAGGCUCCUCUGGGAGCGAUCCAUCCCCUUGCAGAGCAGUUCGCUGGUAUGAGUCUCUUGGCACAACUUCGCGGGGAAGGCUCUGGGCAGGACUCUGAGCCUAGGUCGCGGGGCCGACGUCGUGUUUCGGCUGAAGCAUUCGAAGAUGAACAAAAUGAGGAGCGAAAUGUCCGCCAGAAAGUGGACGAUGGUAACGAGUUCGGGCGCGGCCAUGAUGACAUGGACGCAAUCGUGUUUGGUGAAGAUAUCCCCCCUGAGAUGGGAAUGGAGGCGGCAAAGGGUCUUGAAGACCGUCACUCGUCCUCCAUGGCUCCUUGGAGUCGUCCUCCCUCCGUUGCUCCUGGUUCUUCUAUCCGAGGACAAGGUAGCAUGCAGAAAAAGCAUCCUGCUCCAAGCCCUCUUCAUGCCCGUGGCAGUGCCGCCCGUUCUAUCGAACGCUGGAGCGAUCUUCCCAGCUUGCCUCACGGCUCUGACGACCUGGCGAUGCUGCACUCGCAGGACUCUUCCAUGGGCGACGAGGGGCUCAUGGGAAAUUUUGAUUUCGCCAAUGGUAAUGGCACCCAGGAUUCUGCACUUCUCGAUGGCCCUGCCCUCGACUUUUUGGGCUAUGCCACCGCUCGCGCGCAAACCAAGGGUUACGCCCGAUCGCAUGAACAAACCGACAGUCGCUGGGUCGACUUCAAGACACUCACUGACGAGCUCGACGACCCGGCCAGCGCGAGGAAGUUUGUCUCAGAGGCGUUUAUGCAUGUUCUCAUCCUAGCCACCAAAAACGCCAUCAGGGUCGAACAAGAUGGUAUUGCACAGAACCGACCUUUCGGCACGAUCCGCCUUGGCCUCACCCUUCCUCAGCAAGAUACCGAUAUGGCUGACGAGUUGGCCUAG